GAUCGAGGAAGCAAUCCGAGGGAAGGUCAUAAUACACGAUUUACCCUUGUAUCAUAAGUAUACUAGAUUAGAUUAAAUUAAUACCAUCCAGGAUUUAUCGUCGUUUGUUGGCGACACCAAUUUCAACGCUGAACUGUAUCGUACGAUACGCGAAGCGGAUACACCGUGCACAGAGAGUUGCGCGUAAAAGCUAGACGAGAAAAUUCAAGUAGACAGAAAGGGAAACUUCUACGUACGUACGUACCAUACGUACCGUACAACACACACACAGCUAUACACAUACACGUAUAUAGGAGUAAAAUCGACGAGGGAAAGUAAGACGAGAUGUACAGAGAUCCGAAUAGUUCCUCGGGAAGUGGCACCUCCACAAAGGGCGACGAUGUCGAGAUCGUUAGCAGAUUUUUAGCGCCUUUGUGCGCGAGGGAUGAAACUGCCAGAAACAUCGCCCUGGCAGCGGCCAGGAACACGGUCGAGGGAUGGCUCGGAGGGGUCGGUAGUCCGAAUCAUUGGGACGACGCCGGUGAGAUGGAGGAUCUGGAGAACAUUGGGGGAAAGUUCAAGAGCCAAGAUGGAAGAUACGACAUGAGCAUCGAGCGAUCACCGAUCAAGUCGGCGCCGAAGAACGUGCUGUCCCCGAUCCAGCCGCCUCUUCUGCUUCAAGACACCUUCAGAACAGAGGGUUUCUUCCCGCAAAGUGUGACCGAGAUACCAGCGUUUCUGGAGGACAACAGCCUGGAAUGCUCCGAGAGAUAUCCAUCGGGAUCGUUCGAUUGCGUGGACGGACGUCUGGGAAACGAAACUGGGUACGGGACGCCUAACGAGAGGAGGAGAUACGUCGGCGACGUGGAGAGCUAUAGAUCUGGUCACUCGACGUCGUCUGACGAAGGGAAAGGCUUCAAGAUCGACGCUCAGGACCGAUGCCUGAGGUUUAAGGAUAAUUCAGAGACGAGAUUCGGGUCGAGCUGCGAGAGCGAGAGAAAAUACCUCGGUUCCUCGUCCAACGAGAGAUUGAACGAGGUGAGCCUCGAGGACAGGCCACGGACGAAGAAUUACGUGAAGGUGAAAGGCGCGAAGCAGAAGCAAUUGGAGGAUGACGAGCUGGACUCUGACACCAGGAUCUACGGGAAGAGCCCCAAGUUCGACGAGAAUCUAGGCGCGAACUUUGAUCGUAGGAAUCUGAACUUCCGCUCGAAAGGUGAUAUGCCGACGCGUGAUCGUCGUUGCUGCGACAGCGUGGACGAUGUCUCGUUCGACGAAACGGAGAUGAUGAUCAGAAAUCGGCCGAGUUAUCGGACUGAAAUCGAAGGAGUUGUGUUCAAUACUCUGGACGGUUUCGAGAACGAGAACGCCAACGAGAUAUAUCACAGACAGGACGAUAUUCGCGCCGAGGAUGUGAAGCUGAAGAACUUUGAGAUUUACACGGACGAAACGUUCGACGACGGUAGACAACGUUGCACGCGUUCUGAACAACCGUUCGAUUAUCUGCGGAAGAACGACGAGCGUAAGUUCAGCGCUGGACAGAUCAAGAGACCACUCUCGCAGGACGAAGACGUCUCUUCGAAAAGCGGUAGGGUGCUGGAAAGCCCUGACGUCACCCCUGGGGAUGUCGGCAGGAUGCUUAAUCUGGGAAACGCUCUGGACGGUCCAAGGCAAGCGCAGGCGAAUAAGUACUUGAGCCUGGUGACGUUGCAUCUACCGGUGAUAUUGAGGCUCAGCGUGAACUGUCCCUUCCAGAACGUUAGGAUCAAGUGCGCGGAGAUACUGGAGAUGGUUCAGGAUAGGGGACUUCCAGUUCCAGUGCCUGCUUUCGAUGGACCUAGUGCCUUUGUUCCUAAGUCUGAGCUGACGCAUUAUCAGCAACAAUCCAACAAGCUUCGACUCAGAAACUUUAAAUUAAACGUGAAACUUCCUUUGAAGAAAAUUUCUUCAUCCUUUGAAACUACUCAGAUUACGUAUAAAAAUGACCUCCUACCACCGUAG